GAAAUGUGUUAACAGAUGCUGAAAAAACCCGGGCCGAGACCGAACCCGGUCUGCCUUUCCAGAACCUUUCCCAGGAAGCGGGACCGGGUUUGGGUCAGAAUGUUUCGUGUCGCUGUGAGGUUCGACAGGAGGAAGAGGAGGAGGAGGAAGAGGAGGAGCAGCAGCGGAUGUAAACAGCUGCGUUUCUUCUCCGGCUCACUUUUACGCAGCGCGCAGAUGGAACACAUCUUCCUCCUCAUCAUCAUCCUCCUGCUCGGAACCGCGGUUCCGUCCACGGCGGACUGGACUCUGGUUCUGCUCCACACCAACGACGUGCACGCGCGCGUGGAGGAGACCAGCGUGCACUCCAUCAAGUGCGGCAGAGCGGAGAAAUGCUACGGCGGCGUGGCGCGGAGAGCCACUGAGAUCCGCCGGAUCCGGAACCAUGAGCCGAACGUUCUUCUGCUGGACGCGGGGGACCAGUUCCAGGGAAUGGUUUGGUUCACUUUGUACAAAGGAGCCGAAGCGGCGCACUUCAUGAACCUGCUGGGCUACGACGCCAUGGUUUUUGGGAACCAUGAGUUUGAUAACGGUGUCGAUGGACUCAUGGAGCCGUUCCUGCGGGACAUCAACUGCUCCGUCCUCAGCGCCAACAUCCGACCCGACUCGACUCUGGCCUCCACCUUUGGCGCCGCCUUCCAGCCCUACAAGAUCUUUGAGGUCGGAGGUCAGCGGGUCGGCGUGGUGGGGUACACGUCACGGGAAACGCCGACUCUGUCCCAGCCUGGACCUCACCUGGACUUCCUGGAUGAGGUCAGCGCCCUGCAGCCCGUGGUGGACAAGCUGAAGACGCUGGGGGUCAACAAGGUCAUCGCUCUGGGUCACUCCGGCAUCGCCGUCGACCGCCUAAUCGCCAGGAAGGUCCGCGGCGUUGAUGUGGUCAUCGGCGGACACACCAACACCUUCCUUUACACUGGUCGGCCUCCGUCCCUGGAGAGGCCGGAGGGCGAUUACCCGAUCAUGGAGGCGUCGGAAGAUGGCCGCCGCGUCCCGGUGGUCCAGGCCUACGCCUUUGGGAAAUACCUGGGGUUCCUCAAGGUCACCUUCGACGACGACGGGAACGUGGUGAGGUCGACCGGGAACCCUAUCCUGCUGGACAGCAGCAUCCAACAAGACGCGGCGGUUCUGGCCGAGGUGGAGGCCUGGAAGCAGAACCUGACCAGCUUCACGGGCCGGGUCGUGGGGAAGACGCUGGUGUUCCUGAACGCGUCGCAGUCCGCCUGCCGCUUCCAGGAGUGCAACCUGGGGAACCUGAUCUGCGACGCCAUGGUGGACAACUACACCCGGUCCUUCCAGGACAAGCGGUGGAGCCACGUCAGCGCCUGCAUCAUAAACGGCGGCGGCAUCCGCUCCUCUAUCAACGAGCAAACCUACAACGGCUCUGUGACGCUGGAGGACCUGCUGACGGUUCUGCCAUUCGGAGGAACCUUUGACCUGGUGAAGCUGAAAGGGUCAACGCUGCGCGCCGCCUUCGAGCACGGCGCCCGUCGCCACGGCAGCAAGGCGGGGGAGUUCCUGCAGGUCUCAGGCCUGCAUGUGGUUCUGGACGUGUCCCGGCCCGCGGGUCGCCGGGUCCGCAGCCUCAGCAUCCUGUGCACCCGGUGUCGGGUUCCACGCUACGACCCGGUCCAGGACGCGGCGCUGUACGCCGUGGUGCUGCCGUCCUACCUGGUGAUGGGCGGAGACGGCUUCGACGUCAUCAAGAACGGGAUUCUGGAGCACAGCAUCGGCCAUCUGGAUAUCUUGGUGCUGUCCAACUACAUGGAGAAGAAGGGAUGGGUCUAUCCGGCCGUGGAGGGACGCAUCACGGUCCUCAGCCGGGCCCCCGCCCUGCAGGCCACCCUGUCCUCACUGGGUUUACUGGUUCUGUUCGUGUUGAGCUGCUGAACCUCCAGCAGAACCGUCAGAACCACAGCAGGACUCUGAUCCAUGUUAGUCAAACUGAACAGAUUUUGUCCUAACAUUUCUGUCACUAAAACCCAACGCUGCGCUUCCCGUAGCAGCCACCAGGGGACGCUUUACCAGGAACUGCAGCUUUAAUCUCCACUAACCCCGCCCACUAACCCCACUGGACCUGCUGCUGAGCCGCCAUUGGCUGCAUUGCAGAUGUCCAGAUGAUCUGAUUGGUUCCUGAAAGCAGCUGCUGGAGAAGAAGAGUGGAGCUCCUCCUCUUCCUCGUUCCUCUUCCUCUCUUCUCUUCCUCCCUCCUCUUCCUCUCUCCUCUUCCUCCCUCCUCUUCCUCCCUCCUCUACCUCCCUCCUCUUCCUCGUUCCUCUUCCUCCCUCCUCUUCCUCCCUCCUCUUCCUCGCUCCUCUUCCUCCCUCCUCUUCCUCCUCCUCUUCCUCCUUCCUCUUCCUCCCUCCUCUUCCUCCUCAGUUUCUGGAUGGAUCUGAAGCAUCUUUAGUUUUUCUGGCUGACACAAUGUUCUGAUUGUAACUAAGCAACUGUAACUUUGUUUAUUAAAUGGACCAAUCAGAGAGCA